AGGAGGAGGAGGCGGCUGCUGAGCGGCGGCUGCCGGAGCCAACGGGCGGCGGGGAGCGGGGCGGGCGCUGCGGGGGUGUCGGGGUAGAGCGAGGCGUGACCCGGCUGACGGGCACCGUGCGGCGGGCGCGGAGCCGGAGCCAGACCCGGCGGGAUCAGCGGCACCAGCAGCGGCGCGGGGCGUCGGUAUCGCUCGACUCUGGCUCUGGCUCUGGCGCGGCGUCUCCUCCACCCCCUCGUGAGCCUGGGGAACCUGCAGCUCAAAGCCGCCGCCAGCCACACCACCAUGUACCCCGGCAACAAGCGGAAAAAGCUGUGGCGGGAGGAGAAAGAGCGUUUGCUGAAGAUGACCUUGGAAGAAAGACGCAAAGAGUACUUGGGGGAUUAUGUUGCGUUACAAACUAUUCCAACGUGGAUGGAAGACUUAAAAAGUAAGAGUGAAAGUGAUGGUGAAAACGCUAAAGAAGAUCUGCAAGGGAAGAAAAGUCUGAGUGAGAAAGUUUCUCUCUAUAGAGGUGACAUUACGCUGCUUGAGGUUGAUGCCAUCGUUAAUGCUGCUAAUUCCAGUCUUCUUGGAGGUGGAGGAGUGGAUGGCUGCAUACACCGAGCUGCUGGGCCCUGCUUAGUUGCUGAGUGUCGCAGCCUGAGCGGCUGUGAGACUGGACAGGCCAAAAUUACCUGUGGAUACGACCUACCUGCAAAAUAUGUGAUCCAUACUGUUGGGCCAAUUGCAAGAGGCCAUCUCACUGACACUCAUAAAGAAAACUUAGCAAGCUGCUAUAAGUCCUCUCUGAAACUGGCAAAAGAAUACAACAUCAGAUCAAUCGCCUUUCCCUGUAUUUCAACCGGAAUUUAUGGUUUUCCAAAUGAGCCUGCUGCUGUCAUUGCCCUUAGCACUAUUAAGGAAUGGUUAAGCAAGAAUCACAAUGAGGUGGAUCGUAUCAUCUUCUGUGUCUUUUUGGAGGUUGACUACAAAAUUUUCAAGAAGAAAAUGGGCGACUUUUUCCCUCUAGGUGAUGCUAAUGAAGAAGGGCCUCAGCUGAGUGAAGAGAGAGAAGGCCAGCCUCCAUCUCCCACAAAGAGUAAAGAAGAGCAGCCUGAGGACCUGCAGGAUGAUGCUGAAGGUGGUAAUGGCACAGUGGAUAAGCAAAACACCGAUGAAAAUAAGACACAGAGCCAAGAAGCAGGUGAAACAAAACCUUCAGCUGUAGCCAGCCUAUCAUCAGAAGACAUGGAGCUGAGUGAGAAUAAAGAUUCCCUGAAAGACUCCAAAGGCACGCAGAAGGGUGAUUCAGUGCAUCCUGUGGUGUGUGAACAAGAUCAAGCCAAAGGACAACAGGAUGUUUCUGCAAAUGAGGACAUAAAAACUGGGGCAGAUUCCCAAGGCUCCUGCAUGGAAAUAGAAGAUCCACUGUUGAACCAAGAAGACACAACAGAAGUUGAGGCUCCUUUGAUACUUGGUGCAGAGGAAAAGAAAGAAGGAAAAGAAGAAGGAGGGAUACAAGAGCAAGAGGAAACUUCCAUGGAGCCUGUGAAAAUUGACCUUGCAAGUCAAGCAGCAGAUGUUUCAAAUAAGGAUGCUGAAAUGAAUAGUCAAGUUGAAAGUAUAAAUGAUCCAAUGGAAACAGAGCAGAAAGCUUAAGUAACAGGAAGGAUGCAGGAGAGGAGAGACCCAAGGAAACCCUACGGGCAGCGCUGACAUCCUCCAGCAUCAUUCUUGGCCGAAAAGAGCACACAGAGAUGAUCAGCGGGUUGGGAGGGGGGGAGCUUUUGGGGGAAUGAGUCUUUGCUUUUAAUUUCUCUUUGUUCUUCAUUGCAUUUCAUUCUGUAAGUCUGUUGCAAAGGAUCGUAACUUCCCAGGUCUAAAAAUGUUUUGCAAUUAACCCUGCAUUUACAACAGUUUCUUCUGAAAUGUGAGUCCAUCUCUUAUAUUGGGUCUUUUUUCCUCCUGCAUCAUACCAUCAGUAGCCUGUUUCCAGGCCCACCCCUCUUCUAGCAUCUUUAUCUUCUUUCCCAUGAUCAGCUUAUGCUGUGCCAUGUCCUUACAUGUGAAUAACACAUGUGGCCUCAAACAGCCAGCACCCUAAAUCCUGCUUUUUCCAGUUAGUUCUGCACAUCUCAAAACCAGUGCUGUAAGUAUGACCUUUGGGUACAGGUAGGCAACAGACAUUUCCUUGAUGCUGGAAAGACUCUGCAUUAGAGGCAUCUUUAAAUACAGCUCCCAACUUUAAUGGCUUCACACAGUAGCUUUUGUGAACCCUCAUUACAUUUUCCACUGCAUAUGCAUGGAUUUUUUUUUUAAAGCAAUUAACAGUCAUUUGGAUAAGAAUGUCUCUCCAUAUGUCAAUUGUUCUGCUAGUAAAUGCUGCACUGAAAUUUGUAGAAAAGGAACAAAAGGUUUUCAUGUACAUUUCCCAACUGUACUGUAACUGAUGGAAAAUACACUGGAUUGGAAGAGCAUGCAACCUUUGUCCCUACAGGGAUGUGCUACAAACUGUAUUUUAAAGUGCUGCUAAGAAUAAUUUGGUCAUUUUAGAAAGUAAUUGAAUCUAAUUUGAUAAUUCUAAGAAAAAUAAUUGGUUCUGUGCUCUUUUUUUUCACCCAAAAUAUUCCUGAAUCACAGAUAGGUAUUUAAUAUCUGGCCAAGAAAAAAAGUGGAAAAAAAAGGUAAGACAUAUCUCUAUCCUCCUGUGAUCUGGGUUCAUCCCAGCUAGAGCAGUUUCAAUGAUAAAUCCUGUGCUGGAGUAGCAGCAAGUCAAGGGUGACCUGAGCACACCUAACAUGGGCUAUGACAGUCAAUGGUUGUUGUUAAUUCAAAAGGGUGUCAAGGAAAAACAAGGAUUAGAAAGGAAAACAGGAAAAGCAUCAGAUUACACACAGAGAGUACAGCUCCUAGAAAGUACAGCUCCCCCCACCUCCCCUCCUCCCCUUCUCUGUGGGACUCCAGCAUGUUUGUUGAGGUGGGAUCAGAAGGGUAUUUCUGUGUGCUGCCUCCAGUGGUAUAUUCACCCAGCUGUGACUAGUGCCAGAGGGGCUCUCAAGGAGCUUCUUCAUCACCUAGACAAUUCCAAAUUGGAUCAAUUGUAGGAGUAAAUGAGCUAAUGUUAGUCUAUUAAUUGGUUUGAGAAUUUUGCUAAGAUUACCUGUAUUUGGUAACUACCAUUCCUCUGGCUCUUGCACUCUCCAAAUACUCUUGAAGGGACUCCUUGUUCCCUUUGAGGUGCCUCUGAUGCUCUCCUUUCCCAACCUUGGGGUCAUGCUUGACAGAACAUGUUUUUGGGAUGUGGACUCUUCUGCAUGGUCCCUUACGUUUCUGUGUAUCUCUCACACUGUGUUAUUAUGAUUGAAACAGGCUGCCAUAAUAGGUAGGUCAGGAGUGGAUGAAUACAUCAGGAGGUGAUUUAUACAACUGUGAUAACUUCAACAGACUAUCCAGUCCCCUGAAUGUAGUUCUGUACCUCUUCUGAUUGUGCUUCCCCAUGGCCAACAUUAACAUCAGCCAUGAAUCAGAUGUCAAAAUCUUUUCUCACCAACUUUGGCUUUAGCAAGGGAGCCAAAGGGACAGCUCCAGAGGAGGCUGGAUGCUGAAGUGUGGUCAUUCAGAAGGAGAUAAAGAUUCCUUAAAUGUCUUGUGAAGACUGACUGGCAGUUAAAGAAAAAAAAAUUAGCUGCAAAGAUGCAUCAUAUUAGAUGCUCUCUAGCCCCUGACAGUAAUUUCAUUUUGCUUUUUAUUUAACCUUGGUAGACAAUAGUGAGUCCGAAACAACCAUUUUCCUAAUGAUGUGUCAGCAAAGCAUGAAGUCCAGAAAGUGUAAAGCAAGGAACCCUAUGAGUAGAUUAAGUCCUUGCUGUACUAUUUGCAGCCUUGUUUAUAUCUGUCCUCCUUUGGGUAGGUUUUGAUUUGAAUUGUUGGCAUUUUUCACUACUCAUAAAGUGAAUAUACUUUGGCAGCAUGAGUUCUCAGCUGUGUUAAUAAUAGUCAAUGCAGUCAGUCUCUGAUGUUUGUCUGGAGAUGCAGAAAGGUAAAGAGCUGGUUUUGUAGAAGAACUAAUGUUAGAUAAAGAAUCACCACGCUGCUAUUUAUGUCAAGGAUUUUGAUUUAAACUCAAAACGUAUUUACAGCAGGUGGUGUGAAGCCUUUGGGUGCUGAUGUUUGCAUUCAACAUAAGAGGCUGUGCUUGAUUGUUGUUCCUCCUGUGUCUGAAAGUGCUCAUCCCUGCCAUUAGGCACAAUAUUCCUCAGGCUGGUGACUGCUCCCAUGAUGACAUCCAAAGGUGAUACUGAGACAUAGUCUGUAAUAAUGGGUCACUGCAGCUAAUUGUCACUCUUUCUAUAAAGCACUGAGAAAGCCUCUCUUUGAAUUAACACUGUUCUGCUUUAGGACUUGAAUUAAAUUAUAUUAAAAAAAAAAGAGUUUAUAUGCAGUGCAUGCCAGCUUUGCUUUUAAAAUGACGAAAUCUAACAGAGUAUGUGGAUCUAUUUUCUUGGGGAAUAGGGAUUUUUAUCAUAUUGUUCAUCCGGGAUUUGCCUUACCCUGACAUUUGUGAUAUAAGUUUUAAAAAAUGUAAAAACUGAAAAAGGUAAUUUUCUUGACCAAAAAAUAUGUUUUUACUUCAAUGCAAAGAAAUGUAGAAUGUUGCUUGCAAAAUGUCCUCUAAUAGAUGGUCUAAUAGUUAUAUGGGUUAACAUUUGCCUUUCUUGUUACUUUGUCAUUUACAUGCUGAACCUGAGUCUCGUUACUUUCCUUGUAACCUAAAGAACCAAUGCCUUCAUAACUACCUUGUUAAAGCAAAUAGUUAAUAAAGCUUGUCCUGAAGACAA